AUGGGCUUGUGUGGGAAGCUUUUGCAAAUCAUAGUCGGUGGAGUGAUCAUAUUUGCAAUUGUUGCAGCAGCAUCUCCGACGUCCAAGCCUGGAGGAGCCAAAAUAUUAAAGGGGCACCACUCUUUGAUUUCCGACAAGGCUGCUCUGUUGGCAUUCAAAAAAACCAUAACACUCGAUCCAAACCCCACCCUUGCUAACUGGGACGAGGCUGUUGAUGUUUGCAACUUCACGUGUGUGACAUGCAACAAACAACACCACCGUGUAGUACAACUCCAACUGAGUGGCACUCAACUUGUAGGCCUGCUUUCACCCUCCAUUUCUAAUCUCACUGGCCUUCGUAAACUGGUGCUCGUCGACAAUUACUUGUUCGGAAGUAUUCCCCCCGAGUUUUCAUCCCUUCGACAUCUCCGACAUCUCCGGCUCGAGGGAAACAAUCUACGUGGCUCAAUACCACACUCCUUAGCCCUUCUUUCCAAACUUACUUUGUUACAUAUUAAGCGAAACAACAUAAGCGGUACACUUCCACCUACCUUAUUCUCCAACUGUACUUUGUUAGACAACAUUGACUUCUCCGAAAACUUUCUGACAGGCAAAAUUCCAGACGAGAUUGGAAACUGUCCAUCGCUUUGGAGUGUCAAUCUGUACAAUAACCAAUUUACUGGACAACUUCCUUUGUCUUUAACUAAUGCUUCACUUUACAACCUUGAUGUGGAGUACAAUCAUUUUUCUGGUGACCUGCCUUCAGAGUUUGUAAGGAAGCAGCCUGACCUUCUAUAUCUCCAAUUAUCAUAUAAUUGGAUGAAAAGUCAUGAUGACAACACCAAUCUUGAUCCAUUCUUCACUGCCCUUAGAAACUGCACUGAUCUAGGGGAGCUUGAACUUGCCGGCAUGGGCCUCGGGGGGCAAUUGCCGAUUUCCGCCGGCCAACUUCCUGUCAACCUAUUUGUUAUUGGCCUACAGGAAAACCUUAUCUUCGGAUCAAUUCCUCCAAAUUUAGGCAAACUUUCCAACCUUGUAAUUCUCAACUUGACAUCCAAUCUUUUAAAUGGAACCAUACCUGAAGAGAUGAGUAACUUGUCAAGUUUGGAACAGCUUUUCUUGUCACACAACUUUUUCCCUGGCUCAAUUUCUUCAGCAUUAGGCAAGAUUCGUCAUCUGGGUCUGCUAGACCUAUCCCACAACAAAUUCUCUGGUGAAAUCCCAGCAAGUUUAGGAAAUUUGGUUCUACUAAAUUAUCUGUUUCUCAACAACAACCUUCUGUCAGGAACAAUACCUCCAACUUUGGCAAAGUGCACAGAGCUGUCCAAGCUUGAUUUAUCAUAUAAUAGAUUGACAGGAAGAAUCCCUACAGAGUUUUCAGGUCUGGGUGAGAUCAGAAUUUUUAUAAAUCUUUCCCACAAUCAUCUUGAAGGGCCUCUGCCAAUCGAGCUUAGCAAGCUGGAAAUGGUGCAAGAGAUCGAUCUCUCUUCCAACAAACUUAAAGGAACUAUUUUUCCUCAGAUAUCCAGCUGCAUUGCGCUGAGGACGACGUUAAAUCUCUCAGACAACUCCCUCGAAGGGCAUCUUCCAGAAUCAAUGGGGGAACUGCUAAACCUCGAAGUCCUUGACGUUUCAGGAAACAACUUAUCUGGGAAGAUUCCAGUAAGCCUCAGCAAAAUUCAGACACUCGCCUAUCUAAAUCUUUCCUUCAACAACUUUGAAGGGUCGAUUCCCACUGGUGGCAUCUUCGAUUCGGUAACAAAUAUGUCCUUCUUGGAGAAUCGCCGACUCGACAGGACAGUAUUAGGCAGAGUUGCUGGCAUUCCAAUUUGCCAUCGAAAGAGACGUUGGCUUCAUUCACGUGUGUUUUUGAUUAUAUUCUUCUUGGGAAUGUUCAUAUCAGUAAUCUUAUCAACAAUAUGUUGUGUGAUUGGGUUCCGGCGCUUUAGAGUAAUGAUUCUCUCUCGGAAGACUGAACCAGUCGGCAACCAAAAUACCCCAGAACUAAUGUACAAUUUCCCAAGAAUCACCCAUAAAGAAUUAUCAGAUGCAACGGCAGGAUUUGAUGAGUGGAGUCUGAUUGGGUCGAGCAGCCAUGGACGUGUCUACGUCGGAGUUCUUCCAGACGGAAGAGCCAUUGCAGUCAAGGUAUUAAAUGUGCAAUCUGGAAACUCAACAAAGAGUUUUACCAGAGAAUGCCAAGUCUUGAAGAGGAUCCGUCACAGGAACCUGAUAAGGAUUAUAACAGUAUGCAGUCAACCUGAUUUUAAGGCUCUGGUUCUUCCAUAUAUGGCUAAUGGCAGCUUGGAUAGCUGUCUGUAUACGGGUUCAGAUUUGAGUCUUAUCCAGAGGGUGAACAUUUGCAGUGACAUAGCUGAAGGGAUGGCCUAUCUGCAUCAUCACUCCCCUGUCAGAGUCAUUCACUGUGAUCUUAAGCCAAGCAAUGUUCUUCUCAACGAUGACAUGACAGCUCUAGUUUCUGAUUUUGGGAUAUCAAAGUUGGUUAUGACUGCUGAAGGGGGAAAUGGUGGAGCUGUUGAAAUGGGAAACUCUAGUACUUCGAAUAUGUUAUAUGGAUCUAUUGGUUACAUCGCACCAGACAACAUGUUUGAUGGUGGGCUAAGCCUGCACAAAUGGGUGAAGAGUCAUUUCCAUGGAAGGGUGGAAAGAGUGGUAGAUCCUUCUUUGGUGGAAGCUUUAAAGGAUCUAUCCCCCGAAGUAAAGAAAAUGAAGGAAGUUGCUAUUGGAGAGUUAAUUGAGUUGGGUAUUCUUUGCACACAGGAGUCCUUAUCAACUCGGCCUACAAUGCUUGAUGCAGCCGACGACCUGGAUCGGCUCAAGAGAUACCUUACUGGGGACACUACAGCAACAUUCGCCUCUUCUCUUGGAAUUUCAUCUUCCACUUUCGACGAUGACUAA